CCUACGUUUCUGAUUGGCUGACAGUCCCUCCAGGAUUGUAUAUAAGGAGGGCUGCAGCCUCUGAGUUUUCGCUGAAGUCUCACUGUAAAUUAAAGAGCUGUUGUUACUUGCUCGGUUGUGCCUCUCGUUAUUCCCAAAUCACUUCAUUGACGAUGAAGGUGGGAUAGAGGUCACAACAAGCGAACCAGUGAGACCACGAGCUUCAGCUAGGCGACGAGGCGAACCACAGGAGGCAUACCGAACAUGUCUGCCUACGUUCCGCCCAAGCCUUUUGAUCCGACCCGCGAAAAAUGGGUCUCGUACCUGACGAGGUUCGAAUGCUCGCUCGAAGCCAGCGACAUGCAAGGGCUCUCCGCUAAUCGGAAGAGGGCCCUCUUCCUAAGCCACUGCGGACCGGACGUGUUCGAGAUGGCAGAGUCACUGUGCGAGCCAACGCCGGUCCAGACCGUUUCCUGGGACACCCUGAUGGCCACGCUCCGGGCUCACUACGCUCCCGUGCCCUCCAAGUUCGUGCAACGAUACCAACUCAGACAGCGCGUACAGCGAGAGGGAGAACCGGUCAGCGCAUACAUGGCCAGCCUGAGAAAAGCCGCAACCCAUUGCGACUAUAGAGACUUGGACGACGCGUUGCUUGAGCAACUCAUCUGUGGUGUCCGGGACAUUAGGCUGCAACGGCGCCUGCUCGCCAAGCCUGAUUUAACGCUUGCUGGAGCCCUAGACGAGGCCAGGGCUCAUGAAGCCUCCACAAAAGCCGCAGAAACGCUGCAGCGUCCGCUGACCAGCAAAGACAACCCCAAGUCUGCCCCGGUGCACAGAGAAGACGCCGGAUCCAGCUCGGAGUCCGAGUCGGAUGAAGACGUCUUCCGAAUGGAGCACCAGAGAAAGGACACUGGCAGCCCCCGGCGAAGCUGUCCCAGCUGUGGAGGGCACUAUGACAGACUGUCCUGCAAAUAUAGGGAGGCUAUUUGCAGGCGUUGCGAGAAAAAAGGGCACUUGGCGCGAGUCUGUAGAGCCAUUCUGCCCAGAAAACACCAACCACGUGAGCGCCGCAGCCAACCAGAAUCAACGCACCAGAAACAACCAACGAGAGAAGGCGGCGCGAAAAAACGGCGCGAAUUUGAACCUCGAGAUGGCCGCAGCAUUCACAUAGACCAGGCCAGCGCGGAAAUCGAGGACAAAGUCAGCACGGUGGUCGAAAUCAACGGCAAGCCAUGCUCAAUGGAGAUCGACACCGGAUCGGCUCUCUCCAUAAUGUCUUGGGUGACCCUAAAGAUCCUCCUGCCGUCGUUCCGGAAGGACCAGCUCUCCAAAAAGAGACUGCGCAUCCUAGACUACCAGGGGAACCGAGUCCCCCUCGAAGGCGUGGGCACGUUCCGAGUCACCUACGGAGACUACGAAAGAGACCUGCCACUGACCAUCGUCACGAAGCAGCUUCCCAGCCUUCUUGGCAUGGGGUGGUUCCGAGCCCUCGGCAUGGGCUUCACCGGCAUCCACCAGAUGCUCAAGUCAUCGUUAAAAGACAGUCUCCUGACCGAGUUCCAGGACGUUUUCGGGGACACGUUGGGCAAGUAUGUGGGGACCCCUAUCUCCCUUAAUUUAGACCCCAACGUAGCCCAAAUAAGACUCAAGGCCAGACGGGUGCCUUUCGCAUUGAAACCAAAGAUCGAUGCGGAACUGGACAAACUGAUUAAACAAGGGGUGUUGGUUCCCGUUGACCAUGCAAAGUGGGAAACCCCUAUAGUGACCCCAGUAAAGUCUGACGGCUCAAUUAGAAUCUGCGCCGACUACAAGUGCACGAUCAACAAGGCUUUGCAGCCGAGCGCCUAUCCGGUGCCGAUCGUGCAUCAUCUACUACACUCCCUGGGGCCCGGAAAAUUUUUUGCCAAAUUAGACCUGGCUCAGGCCUAUCAACAAUUACCAGUUGACGAUGCCACGGCAGAGGCACAAACGAUUGUUACUCAUAGGGGUGCAUUCAAAUGCACCAGGCUCCAGUUUGGGGUGAGCGUCGCACCCGGCCUGUUUCAAAGCACCAUGGAGCGCCUUCUGCAAGGGCUUCCCGGAGUGGUGCCCUAUUUUGAUGACGUUCUAGUCAGCGCUCAGGACGAACGUCAGUUAGGGGACAGAGUAAGGAACGUCCUUUCUAGAUUUAGGGAAGUGGGACUAAGGUUAAAGAAAAAUAAAUGUAUGAUCGCUGUCCCCUCCGUUGAAUUUUUGGCUCAGGCCUAUCAACAAUUACCAGUUGACGAUGCCACGGCAGAGGCACAAACGAUUGUUACUCAUAGGGGUGCAUUCAAAUGCACCAGGCUCCAGUUUGGGGUGAGCGUCGCACCCGGCCUGUUUCAAAGCACCAUGGAGCGCCUUCUGCAAGGGCUUCCCGGAGUGGUGCCCUAUUUUUUAAAGAAAAAUAAAUGUAUGAUCGCUGUCCCCUCCGUUGAAUUUUUGGGGUACAGGGUGGACGGCACAGGCAUCCACCCUACCGAAAGCAAGGUGAGAGCAAUUAAGAGCGCACCUGCCCCCAAGACCAAAGCUGAGCUCCAAGCCUUCCUUGGACUGCUCAAUUUUUACUCAAUGUUCCUGAAAGACAAAGCUACCGUUGCAGAUCCCCUACACAAACUAUUGGGGAAGAAUGUACCAUGGGUCUGGGGGAAACCACAAGCAGCCGCUUUUGAGGCAGUUAAGAGACUUCUAUCAGAAGACAGUUUCCUAAUCCAAUACAACGCAGCGCUACCGCUUGUAUUGGUUUGUGACGCCUCCCCCGUAGGAGUUGGUGCCGUCCUGGGCCAUAGACUUCCGAACGGCCUAGAGGCGCCCAUUGCGUUUUACUCUCGCACCCUGUCAAGCGCAGAGCGAAACUAUAGCCAAUUGGACAGAGAGGCUCUGGCUGCAAUUGCGGGGGUUAAAAAGUUCCACGAAUAUCUCUUUGGCCGGCAAUUCGAACUUGUGACUGAUCACCGGCCCUUGCUAGGACUUUUGGCAGGCGACAGACCCACCCCCGCUGCUCUGUCCCCACGUUUGACUAGAUGGGCUAUUUUUCUUUCGGCCUAUUCAUACCAGCUUGUGCAUCGACCUGGACAGACCCUGGGUCACGCGGAUGCCCUCAGCCGCUGUCCCCUACCUGACUUACUGACCAAUCCAACACCUGAGGCCUCCGUCCUUCUACUGGACACAUUAACUUUGGGACCUAUUUCCUCUGCCGAAGUGGCUAAAGCCUCAGCCAGGGACCCAAUCAUUCGUACUGUGAUGGGGUGGGUGCUAAAAGGGUGGCCGGUCAAGGUGGACGGGGGGGACUAUCAAGGUUUUGUAAACAAACGAAACGAACUGUUUACGCAAGGGGGUUGUUUGUUGUGGGGUGAUCGGGUGGUAGUGCCAACAAAACUACGAAUGAGGGUCUUAGAAUUGUUGCACGAAGGGCAUCCGGGCAUUGUCCGAAUGAAAAGUUUAGCCCGCAGUUACGUUUGGUGGCCCAACAUGGACCAAGUUAUCUCUGAGUGGGUGGGGAAGUGCAGACCCUGCCAGGAGUCUCGCCCCGAUCCCCCGGUAGCGCCCAUCCGAGAGUGGGAGAAACCAAAAGGGCCAUGGGGGAGGAUCCAUAUUGAUUUUGCUGGCCCCUUCCACGGGCAAACAUUUUUAAUUGUAGUAGAUGCCUUUUCAAAAUGGCUCGAAAUCAUUCUAAUGCCCUCUACCACAGCCGAGGCUGUUAUUAAGGCCCUUCGCAAGCUGUUCGCCACACAUGGCCUACCGGAUACCCUAGUAUCUGACAACGGCCCUCAGUUCACAGCAACCCUGUUUGAGGGAUACUUGGCCGGACUGGGCAUCCGCCAUGCCCUAUCGGCCCCGUUCCACCCGGCUUCUAACGGAUUGGCCGAACGUUUUGUAAGGACGGCCAAAGAGGCCCUAUCCAGGCUAGAUAAUGGGGACUGGCAGGCCAGGAUAGAUCAAUUCUUAGCUGUCCAGCAUGCCACACCAUGCACAGCCACAGGGAGAAGCCCAGCAGAGCUCCUCAUGGGCAGGAAGCUCCGAUGCGUGUUAGAUAGGCUUCACCCCAACUAUUCGCACGAAAAUUUCAAGGGAGAGACCUCCGGACUAAGACAGUUUCAGGUUGGGUCCCCGGUGUUCGCUCGCAACUAUGCCAGCGGACCUCUAUGGGUUGCAGGAACCAUAGUGGGCAUAACGGGCCCGAAAUCUUAUACGGUAGACGUUGGGGUAGACAGACUCUGGAAGCGCCACAUAGACCAGCUGAGAAAAAGGGUAGUCGGCGAAGCAAACAUAAAUUUAGACAUAUCCGAGCCUAACUAUAACAACUUUCCCAAAACAGCUAACUCAAGCCCGGGUUCGUGAGAAUACUUAGCUGACAAGCCCUGGUUCCAGCGCCGCCCCAGCGAGUCGCCACUCCCAACCGGGGAUAACCACGCCCCGGACAAAAUCCAGGAGGUUCCAUUGGCGGAGCCGGGAGAGACAGAAAGUCCCUCCGACCAGCUCGACGCCCCACCAAACACUGAACUGCGCAGGUCAACUAGGACAAGAACUCGCCCCGGGCACCUGCGAGAUUUUGUGUGUACUUAUGUAAAUUUUUGAAUGACAGUGCCUUCUGGGAAGGGAGGGGUGUUAUGUAUUGAUACUUUUGAGCGGGAGUUUCAAACCUGCCUACGUUUCUGA